UGACGGCCGAUAUGGAGACCCAAAAUGAGUAUGAUGACAGCGGAUUGCCAGGCCCAGGCGCACCCACUCCGCUCUCAGCUCUGGAGGUGAGUAAUCGAGGAGUGGAAGGAAUAUUAAGACACCAUGUGUCUUUACGUCAAUAUACGAGGAGAAUUGCUGAUGCAGUCGGUAUAGGGAGUUGCAGGUUUGACCAGUAGAGAUAUCAAGCUCUUUGUUGAUGCGGGCUAUCACACAGUCGAGUCAAUCGCAUAUA